AUGUCACCUGGAGGAAAAGCAGGAAAAGCAGGAAAAGGAGGAAAGGCAGCUGGAGCUCAUAAAUCAGUUUCUAGAUCACACAAGGCUGGGUUAUAAUUUCCAGUUGGAAGAGUUUCAAGAUAUUUGAAAUAAGGAAGAUAUACAGAAAGAGUUGGUGCAGGUGCUCCAGUUUAUUUGUCUGCUGUGCUUGAAUAUUUGGCGGCGGAAGUUUUAGAACUCGCUGGAAAUGCUGCCAAAGAUAACAAGAAGAAUAGAAUCAACCCAAGACACAUCCUCUUAGCUAUUAGAAAUGACGAUGAAUUGAACAAAUUAAUGGCAAAUACUACUAUUGCUGAUGGAGGUGUUUUACCUAAUAUUCAUGCUUAUUUAUAUUCAGCUAAGGAAGAUCCAAGCCAGGCUGUUUGAUUUAAAUUAAUUAUUCAUAUAAUUAAUGUGAUAAUUAUCAAAUAUA